GCACAUGGUUAUCUUAUCUCAUGCCAUGAUCAUGACCAUGACCUUGAAUAACAAUGAUAAAUAUCGGUUUUUCUAGUUUACCAGUCCUGCAAGGCGCUCUCCACUACAAAUCCACACAUUGAAUUUCGUCUUCUUUGAUCGAAUAGCUCGAGUUCCAAAUUAAAGCUUGGACAGCAAAAUGUUUCUUGACGGAUAUGGGUAUGAGGGGACAUCAUCAUUUGAACAGAUAUAUCGAUGUUACUCUGCUUCAUUUAUUGAAAAGUCCGAAAUUGAAAAUGGCGAUAAAAUUAUAAUGCCUCCUUCAGCCCUUGAUCGUCUAGCUUUUCUACGUAUAGAUUAUCCUAUGAUGUUUGAACUCAGAAAUGGUGCUUCUGAGAGGGUUUCUCAUUGUGGGGUUCUGGAGUUCAUUGCAGAUGAAGGAACUAUAUAUAUGCCAUACUGGAUGAUGCAGAAUAUGGUUUUACAAGAGGGAGACACCGUUAGAGUGAAAUAUGUAUCACUUCCAAAGGGAACAUAUGUUAAAUUACAACCCCACACAAAGGACUUUUUUGAUAUUUCCAACCCAAAAGCUAUCUUAGAGACCACUUUGAGAAAAUUUUCCUGCUUGACUACUGGAGAUACCAUCAUGGUGACAUACAACAACAAAAAGUAUUAUAUAGAUGUUAUAGAAACAAAACCUAAUAAUGCUAUAAGCAUCACCGAGACAGACUGUGAGGUGGACUUUGCUCCUUCCUUGGAUUACAAGCCUAAUACUGCAAACAAAACACUAGACAAUGCUAAGUUGAACCCAUUUUUCGGGACUGGGAGACGCUUGGAUGGAAACCAAAUUCCAAAUGUCAAUUCACUGUCUUCUACAACAUCUAGUUCACCAAGUUUUUCUCGUCCAUCUCAAGGAAAGAUAGUGUUUGGAUCAAAUUUUUACCGUUCAAAAGAAACAGGAAAGGAAAAGACCGAGUCAAAGCAAGAGCCACCCCAUCAGAAGCAACCGAGAUUUCAGCCUUUCAUUGGGAAGAAAUACUCCCUAAAGGGUUGAUUGAUAUAAAAUCAAAGUAUUAGAUAGCAAUUUACUAGGCUGGCCUGGCCCCUAUAUGUAUCAAAUAAAUCAACGACACUAGUUUCGAGAGUCUAGUAUCCUAGCUACGCUUGUAGCAAAUAAAGUAUGUAACCAAUGAGAAUGUUUAGAAGUUUUCCUUUUCCUUAGUUUGAUUUUGUAGAUUCAGAGAACGGGGACAAUAUUUGUAUAAAUUCGACUUAUCAAAUUGUGUAAUAUAACAUAUGAACCAUACUUGAUACUCGUA